UUACCUGCAGUCCUCGGACUCAACAGCAUACCUGCCCGUUAUACCUGAUUCUGGUUUAUUGUUAGUUGAAAACCAGGAAAUCGGGUCUUUGAUGCUGAGUUUGCGCGCUGGACCACGACGCCGGCGUCGCGACGCGUCAGCCUGAAACUGCGCAGUGCCUGUGCCUCGAACACGGUCACCCAUCCGCUACGUUCCUGUUUCCAUACCGUUUCGUUGGUAACCAAGGUGCCAAGAAACUAACAAAAUCAUUGUUUUUAUAACACCAGCUGAUUUUGAACCAAACACCGCAAUUUUUCCACCCAAAUUCGGUUGCCAUCAUCGUUUCAAAUACCCGUCAUCCGGGGAUUAUGGUGCGGCCGCGUGCGUGAUUGAAAAUUUUGUAAUUUUUUUUUUUUGUAAUUUUUGAUUUUUUUCUACGUUUUUUAUCUGCAACGUUUUUUUUUUUUCGUCUCGUCACACGUCUCUCGUUAUCGUCUUAUCACCUGUCAACGAUUCGCACCGCGAUUGUGAGCUCGUGAGAUAUCGUAACUCUAUUUCGUCGUCGUCAUCAUGGCAGUCGAAUCGAGAUGGAUGCCCUGUCAGUUGAAAAUCGAGCAGAAUAUCUGCAGCUGCGACUACGACGGUAUAAUACUGGUGUCAGGAAGCGCUCCAGGAUUCGAUGAACCCGAGCCGUUCAAGACGGUCCUUUACUGUGCAUCGCAGAUCGAUUCCGCACUAGGUGUUAUUGGUGCGGUACUGCCAAUCAAUUUGCCCGCCAAACGGCUUAUCUACAGUCCGACCGGUCCCCUCAACAUGGAUUACCACGACGUAAGAAGUUUUUCAGAAGCUGCGACCCGAGGAGUGAAAAGAGCUUUGAAGGCCGGCGUACGAUGUCCGCUUCUGGUUUUACUUCCGGACGUACGUUUCGAGAACGUGGAACUGGUCACGCUGCUCGGUGCCCUCGAAGGACUCUACGUGCCACUGGAAGUGAGAGAAAUCUGCCCUGACAGGUGUUACAAGGCUUGUCAGUUGGCUGUAUGGAGUCCGAUAUGCAGUAAAAAAUUACAAGGUAUUGUCAAGUUGGCGUCCGCACUGGAGAGCGGUAGAUACGUCGCCAGAGAUAUCGGUGGAGCCGAUCCGGAAAGAAUGGCACCCCCCAGAGUCGAGGAGUACAUCGCCGAAUUGUUUUGCGGAUCUAACGUAUCGGUCCAAGUGAUUUCCGAUCAGGAUACUCUGCUGAGGGAAUAUCCGCUGUUCGCAUGUGUCAACCGAGCGGCCUCCGUUAUACCGAGACACGCCGGAAGGAUAAUAUUCCUCACUUACGAACCGUCGAAUCCCGCCUGCGUACUCGAGACGGUUAUGCUCGUUGGAAAAGGUGUGACGUACGACACCGGCGGUGCUGACGUCAAAUUCGACGGUUGUAUGGCCGGCAUGUCCAGAGACAAAUGUGGGGCGGCCGCCUGCGCUGGAUUUAUGCAGGUCGUUAAUCUGCUCCAACCGCCUACCGUUAAGGUCGUGGCCGCUCUGUGCGUGGUGAGAAACAGUAUCGGUGAAAAUUCUUACGUUGCCGACGAGAUCGUCACCGCCAAAUCGGGGGUGAGAGUUCGCGUCGGGAAUACCGACGCCGAGGGUCGUUUCGCCAUGGCCGACGCGCUCUGCCACAUCAAGGAAAUGGCACUCUGUUCCGUAAACCCACAUAUUUUCACCGUCGCCACCCUAACGGGACACGCGGUUCUGGCCGCCGGAAAAGGAUACUCGAUCGCCAUGGACAACGCGGUAGCCAGGCUGGUCAGCAAUGCGGAAAAGCUCCAAGCUUCCGGCGAAACGAUGGGCGACCCCUUCGAAAUUUCAAGGCUACGAAGGGAGGACUUUCAGGCACACGAAGGGCGAGCCGAGGGCGACGACGUUCUUCAAGCCGCGAAUCGACCGAGUUCGAAACUGGAAAGAGGCCAUCAAAGCCCGGGCGCCUUCCUCAUCAUGACCUCUGGAUUGGACAAGCACGGUAUCGCCUCCGAAAAACCGCUGAAGUUCACCCAUCUGGACGUGGCGGCGAGCGCGGGCGAUCUACCCCGCCAACCAACCGGCGCGCCGAUCGUAGCGUUGGCUAAAAAAUUUCUAUUCAAUUUCCUAGAGGAGGAAUUGCGCGACGCCUGCACGUUGCCCAAGAGUCCGGAGAAAUGAUCCUUCGUACGGGGAGCGAAUCGUAUUCGAAUUAUUUUCAAUGUGACUUCUCGCGUUUGGUUUUAUUUCAGAAAAGUUCGUGGAUGUCGAGCUUUUCCCAAUUUUGUAAGAGACGAUGAAAAAACAAGGAGUCCAGAAGAUAACCUUA